AUGCUGAAUAGAAGAAGGUAUGGUUUUGCAAAUUUUGCUUUUGUUAGAUAUCGUUUCUAUGAAGAAUCACAAAAGGCUAUCUCUUUUGGUAAUGGGAGAAGGUUAGAUGGUCAGUCUUUGAUUGUGAGAAAAGCCUCUGCAAGGAUAAUUGAUAGGGGCCAACAGGCCAGAGUGUAUACCGGUAGAAGUUUUAUUCAAUAUGAUAGAAGAUGUAUAGAUUCAGACCUGAGGACAGAGGAAGGAGUGUUUACGGAUCGUGGCAGAAUAUGGAAGAGGAAGAGAAUCGCGCAACCUGGUUCGAAGCCAUCUAAUAGUAAGGAGGAAAAUUUACAUGAAGUUACGAUUAAUGUCAGAAAACAACCAGAGGUCAUCGAUGUUCCCCCAUUAAUUGUGUUGAAUGAUGGUAAGGAUAAGGAGGAGAAUGGGCAGAGCUCUGAUAAGUAUCUACUAGAGUUGGAGUAUGGAUAUGUAUCGUUUGAAGAAGUUGAUUUGGCAUUCGACAUCCCUGAUGAAGAUAUGUUAUGGCUUGAGAAAAGUGCAAUAGAAUUACUCUCAUCCAAUGCUAAUUCGGGGGAGAUUUUGGAGCUUAUAAAAGAGCAAGACAACACAGUGAAUGAAGCUUGGAGGAGCAUGGAGAUGAUGGGAUCCCACAUGGCCGGCCAUUGCAUGGAGCAAUUGCACAAGACUGGGCACAUGACCGGCCAUGGCAUGGAGCAAUCGCACAUGACCGGGCACAACCAGCCAUUUGAUCCUUUAGCAAUCCCACUAGGUCCUAUGACAAGGGCUCAGACUAAAAGGUUCAAGGAAGCUUUAUUAGGCUUGGUACGAACUCAUCUUGGAGGUCUAAUUGGAUACUUAGGGCGACGAACGAAGGGAUUAAACUUUGUGAAGAUUGUUCAAUCGAUUGAUCAAGGAGUGGAGGAACUUCAAGUCGACUUUGGUGGCUAUUCAAAGGGUAGAUUUGAAUCUAAUACAACUAGAUUCGUAUUAAUAGCUCAACAAAGAGCCAAUGUCGCAAUCAACGAUGAGAGAAUUCAACUUCCACCACCGAGGCAAGUUGCUAGGUUGGAUCCCAUGGAGAGAUUGAGGCAACAAGAACUUGGUGGACAAGCUCACAAUGAGAACAUGCGGCCUAGGAGGGGAGUUGAAAGAGAAGAGCCUAAAGACAACAUCAAGUACAAAAUCCCUAAAUUCAAUGGGAGAGGGUCACCAUCGGAUUACUUGGAGUGGGAGACAAAAUUGGAUAUGUAUUUUGAUUAUUAUCCUCAUGUCGAGCCUAAGAAGGUGCAAAUUGCUACUCUUGAAUUUACGGAGAAUGCUUUGAAUUGGUGGAAUCAAUUGGUUCAAUCAAGGAGAAGAAAUUUAAAGAGACCUAUUGAUACUUGGGCCAAGGUUGAUGAAGCUCCACAAGCCACUAUGGCUAGGUUUUUGGCGGGGUUGAAUAGAGAAAUUCAUGAUAUUGUGGAGAUGCAACAACACUAUGAUGUUGAAGAGUUGCUUCAACAUGUAUUGAAGUCCGAGAGUCAAGUGAAAAGGAAUGGCGCAAAAAAGAGCUUUGCAUCAUCAUCUAGCUCAUGGAAAACUCCAAUCAAGAAAGAUGAGAAAUCAUCCAACAAGGAGAAGGAGUUGGCGCAAAAGGGAAGCCCUAAAUCCGAUUCUAAAUCUUCAUCAAGUUCUUCUUCUAAGAAUCAUGUUAAGUGUUUUAAGUGUCAAGGAUUUGGUCAUUAUGCUAAGGAUUAUGUUAACAAGAAAGUGAUGUUUUUGAAUGAUCAAGGAGAAAUCGAAAGUGAAGAUGAAGAAUUUGCCCUAGGUUUUAGUGGUGAUGGAGGUGAUGAGAGGGGAUUUGCGCAUGAUGAUAAGGAUGAUGAUGGUGAUACACCGUCACUCUUGAACUUAGUUGCAAGAAGAACUUUAAGUGCCUAUGUUAAAGGAGAUGUGAACAAUCAAAGGGAGAAUUUGUUUCAUACUAGGAUGUACAAUGAUGAGAUGCUAUGUGAUGUGCUACCAAUGCAAGCAUGCCAUGUCUUACUUGGUCGACCAUGGCAAUAUGACAACAAGGUUCAUCAUGAUGGUGAGACAAAUAAGUAUUCCUUUAUGUGUGGUAAGCGUCCUAUUACUUUGAUUCCUUUAUCACCUCAAGAAGCUUUAAAAGAUCAAAUUAAAGUGAGAGAUGAGUUUGCUAAGAUAGAAUCCGAUUAUAGGGCUAAAGAAAAGGCUAAACAUGCUAAUUUGAAUGUGAAUUGCAUUGAAGGCAAAUCUGAUUUGGUUGAUAAGCAUGCUAGUUGUAUGAAAGUUGUUAAGGAGUUUCCUGUUUUGCUUGUUCUUAAGAAGGAUGGAACUUGGAGAAUGUGUGUUGAUUGUAGGGCAAUAAACAACAUAACGGUAAAGUAUCGUCACCCUAUUCCUAGAUUAGAUGAUUUGCUUGAUGAAUUGCAUGGUGCUUGUUUAUUUUCAAAGAUUGAUUUAAAGAGUGGCUAUCAUGAAAUUCGCAUGAAAGAGGGUGAUGAAUGGAAAACUGCCUUUAAAACUAAGCUAGGGUUGUAUGAAUGGGUUGAGAAGUUGUAUGCUAACCUUAAGAAGUGCACCUUUUGCACAAACAAGCUUGUUUUUCUUGGUUUUGUGGUGUCAACGCAAGGUAUAGAAGUUGAUGAGGAGAAGAUCAAAGCAAUCAAAGAAUGGCCAACUCCCACCAACGUUGGUCAAGUGAGAUCUUUUCAUAGACUAGCCGGAUUCUAUAGGAGGGGUUGGAAUUGGAGCUAUUUAAUGCAAGGUGGGAAGCCCGUCGCAUAUUUUAGUGAGAAAUUGAAUGGGCCUGCAUUGAAUUAUCCAACCUAUGAUAAAGAGUUGUAUGCUCUGGUGAGGGCGUUGCAAACUUGGCAACACUACCUAUGGCCUAAGGAAUUUGUGAUUCAUACGGAUCAUGAGAGCUUAAAGUAUUUAAGAGGCCAACAAAAGUUGGACAAGAGACAUGCUAAGUGGAGUGAGUUCAUAGAGAGCUUUCCUUAUGUUGUGCGAUACAAACAAGGUAAGGAGAAUGUUGUAGCCGAUGCUUUGUCAAGGAGGUAUAUAUUACUUUCCAUGCUUGAUUCUAAGUUUCUAGGAUUUGAGUAUAUUAAGGAAUUAUAUGCUAGUGAUGUUUACUUUGGUGAAAUCUUUAAAGAAUGUGAAAAUUCUAGAUUUGGAAAGUAUUAUAAGCAUGAUGGAUUUUUGUUUAAAGAGUCUAGAUUAUGUAAAAGUCGCCAAAUCUGGAAACAAGUGAAGAGGCUUCAAGGUGAAGACACGCAUGAUGGCAUGCUUGGCGCACGCAUGGCUGCAUCCCGACUCCCCCUGGACGCCAAUGUAGAUGGCUUGUGCGCCCAGGGCGUUGCUCUCAGCCCCCAUGCUGCCAGUGCCCAUGUGCUUGUUGGUGGCAUGUCUCGACUAGCGCUGGGCGCCCAUGUGCUAUGCUUGGCGCCCCAUGUGGUUUGCCUCGCGACCCAUGUAUUCCAGUGCUUUGACACAUCUUGA